AUGAUCAAUAGUGCUAGUGCUGCAUCGUCACCGACAAGUACUCCGACAAAUCCGAACAAUCUUUCGAGUUUUGUACCAUGUCCACAUACAUUUGUUGCUACAAGAGUUAAACAAAAUCAUAUAUGCGACAGUAGCUAUUCCGAUAAUUCUCAACGACGAAUUGUUCCACGUGUAUGUCGUCUUCGAACAAAUGAUAAUUCAAUGGCUAUUUAUGCACUUGUUGAUCCAAUGGAUACAAAUAUGAUUGCAUCUGAUGUUUGUAUUAAUAUGCUUGUAGAACAAUUAAGUAAAGUAUCCUUCGAAGAUGAAUCAUAUAAAAAGAAAAUUAGUGAUAAUAUGCAACAAAUUUUUUAUGAAACUGAAAAUCGUCUAUUACAAAUGACAUUUGAUCAUGCUGAAGAAAAAGCAACAUUGACACACUCUAAUGAUAUUACUGCUGAAAAAUGUUUACCUUCAUUAGGCGAAGCUCAGUCUGGUGCUUUUUUAUUUGCUGCCACUGUUACACAAUCAUAUGUUUACAUUGCAUAUGUUGGAACUAUUCGAGCUUUUCUUAUAUCGAAUAAUAAUGGUGAGUUACGUAUAGGGGAUAAUCGACCACAAUAUUAUCACGCUGGCUCAUUACAUACAAUUGAUAAUGAGGAUGAAAGCCUUCGAUUAAGAAAUCUUAAUGUUAAUCUUGAACAAGUUAGAAAUGAAGGAUUAGAUAAUAAUCAUUCUAAAUUUACUCGAUGCAUUGGAAAAUUAUCUGAAAAAUUACUUUCAUCAGCAGCAUCAGCUAAUGAUGUUAAUGAAGCACGAUGUAAUGCACUUAUAUGUGAACCAAGGUUUGAUAAAUUUAAACUUUUUCCUCAAGAUUUUGCAUUUGUUAUGAUGACUGAUAAACUCUAUGAAAUGUAUUUAAAAACAGGUAUUUCUGAACAAGAUAUUCCAACUGAUUUUAUUGGGCUUCUUAAUGAGUCUAUAAGUACAUCUAACCCAGCACAACGUAUUCUUGAUAAAAUUGAAGAUCGAUUUCAGAAGACGAAUGAUGGUAUUAACGAGGACAUUGCUCUUCAAGAUAUGGGUCUACUUAUUCAUUUUUUUCAACAUCCAAAGAAUAUAAAUCAACCUCCUCAAUUUGUUAUUACACCAAAUACAAUAAGACGAAUCGUUGAUGGUGAAGUUACUGUGGAUGAAGUAAAAAAUUUUAUUACCAAACAGAAUGAUAUACAACAAAAACGAGAAAGAAACCGUAAUUCAUCAAGAAGUGAUAAACAUAAACGUGAAAAUCAAACACAUUCUAGUACAAUAGAACCAUUUGUUCGAUUUGAUGUUUAUGAAAAAUUAUUAAAUGAUAAUGACGAAUUACGUCAAGCAAACAAAUUUAUUACUGAUCUUCUUUAUACUCAGUCGACAUCUGCUAUGGAUGAGGAAUUAACUGAAUUUUUGAAAAAAAAUCCAUCUUUAAAAUGUGAUUGA